UGCGUUGUUAUUGCUGCAGCAGUGUUGUUUUUUUUUUGUAUUGUCCGAGGCGUCGUAAUUAGCAAGCUGCAUUCUAAAUCAAAGUCAGUUAAUUAUUGUUGUGCUGUUUACAUCAUUGUUAUUGCAUUUGUGGACGUCGUUGGCUGUGCUUCAACAUUGCAAUUCCAGGACAGCUGUUUGCUUGUGUUGCGUUCUUGCAAUUAAACAAGAAAAAAGCACUGCAGAUAAGCUUUACAGCACAAUACGUAUAUCAUCUGCAAACAAAGAAACUCUACACUCACGCACAGACACACACACAUGCACAUGCACACACACUGCCAAUAAAAGCAGGUAAACAGUUGCACAGAAAAACAAACAAACAAACGUAGAGGAGAAGAAGACAAUAGAAGUAUUCUAAAAUAAAAUAAAAAAAAAAACAAAUUAUGGGUCGCAUUUUCCUGGAGCAUCUCGGUGGCCUAAAGCUGUUCAAUUGUGCCCAAUGCCACACUAAUUUGACCAAUCGCAGUCAAUUAAUUAGCACACGCUUUACGGGCGCCACAGGACGCGCCUAUCUGUUCAAGCGUGUGGUCAACUUGACCUUCAGUGCCAUUCAGGAGCGGGUGAUGCUCACGGGUCGCCACAUGGUGCGCGAUGUCAUGUGCAAGAGCUGUGGCGCCAAGCUUGGCUGGAUGUAUGAGUUUGCCACCGAGGAGACGCAAAAAUACAAAGAGGGUCGUGUCAUCCUGGAAUAUGCAUUGAUCAACGAAGCAGAAGGUUUCCCAUCAGAAGCUGGAGGUCCGAGUCACUGAACCUGAACUGAAUGUGAGAAUUGCUUCAGCUGCAGGCCAACAAAGCGUGUGUAGCUUUAAGUAUUGAAUUGAAAGCCGCAGGCGAUGGCUUUUACUAUAGGUUAAACAAGAUCAACAAUAAUGUAAUGAUUGCAAAUUGUGCUCCGACAAUUUGGCUAAAGUCGCUUGCAAUGCACAAACGUGUUUGCUAUUAGCUAGAUAAUCAUAAUGUCGAGUUAACUAACGUAUAAUUACGAGCCACUGUCAACGUUACUUAAACGUAGUUUUAGGCAUUAUUAGCACAUAAGCAACUGCGCGGCGGCCCAAAUUCUACAAAUAAUUAACAAUGAGGCUGAACUGCUUAAACAACCCUCUGUUGCUCUGUGUGGCACAAUGGAACCAAUCGAACGAACGAAUGAACGGCCGACCGCCCGACCGACCUCUCUGUCUCCCUUUCUCCCUUGACCGAUUUGUCAUCUUCAGUUCUGCAAUAUCAUUAACGAUCACAUGUGGUAUCACAUAUGAAUAUCUUUAACAAAAUCUACAAAUUAAUAAUAAACAAAAACCGAUCUCUAGAGUUAUCUAUUAAAUUCUCAUAA